GGAUUUCAUAAAAUGACACUGAAAUUAGAGCUGACUGUUGAUGGCUCAAGUCCUGGAGGGCUACAGAAUGGGGCAAAGGAGAUUGCACGGCAUAUUCGACCAGAGUGGAAUCAAGAUAAGCUUAAAUUCAAGGUGUACACAGAUGGUAUUACAAAUCAGCUGAUUGGUGUAUGGCAUGAUGACAAAAACACCCAGCUAUUAGUGCGAGUCUAUGGUUCCAUGACUGAGAUGUUCAUUGACAGAGACACUGAAAAGAGCACGUUUGAGGUUUUAAACAAAGCUGGAUGUGGGCCACAACUCUAUGCAACCUUUGAGAAUGGGCUGAGUUAUGGGUUCACUGAAGGCAUUCCAGUUACUCCUGAACUCGUGGUUCGGGAGCCUAUUUGGAAGUCUGUCUCACAAGAGAUGGCUACGUACCAUAAAGUUAAGAAGGGAGAUCUUGAACAUCCCAUACUGUUUCGUAAACUGCGUUCCUUUCUGAACAUCACACCAAGCAGAUUCAACGAUAUCAACAAACAGAAGAGAAUAGAUGAAUGUGGUUAUGAUAAAUCUUUACUAAUUAAAGAAACAGAUGAACUGGAAUCCUGCCUCACUGGUCUUGGGUGCCCAGUGGUCUUUUCUCAUAAUGACAUCCUCCUUGGAAACAUUAUCUGGAACGAGUCGACUCAGAAAGUGGGUUUUAUAGACUAUGAGUAUGGAGGAGCUAAUUAUCAAGCAUAUGAUAUUGGCAAUCACUUUAAUGAGUUUGCUGGUGUUGAUGAAGUGGACUACAGUCGGUAUCCAUGUCCAGACUUUCAGCGCCAGUGGUUACGAAGUUAUCUGUCACACUACCAGGAAAUACCCCAAGAACAAGUACUAGAUAUUGAUGUGGAGGUUUGGUAUGUUUGGGUCAACAAGUUUGCUCUGGCCUCACAUGUGUUUUGGGGCACAUGGGCGAUGAUACAAGCAUACUAUUCAUCUAUAGAUUUUGAUUUUAUUGGAUAUGGUAUUACUAGGCUAAAUGAAUAUUUCAAAAGGAAGAAUCAGUUUCUGAAUCUUUGACCAAAUCUUCAGCAGUUCCAGCCAACAUUUGGUGUCAGUACCACAGAGAUUCCAUUUUGCAAGAUGCACAUGGUGGAAGAAAAACAUCAACAGUUGUUAGUAUAAAACUAAUGAUAAAGAUAAGUGACAGUGAUAAGUCAGAAUGUCCAAAUUUCUUGGUGCUAUUAUAGUGUGCAUAAAGUCCUGGGUUCAAUUUUCCCAGCUGGACAGAUA